AUGGCCGAGCCGUCUGAUCCGGUAUCGCCCACCACGUCUCACCAUUCUGCCCCGGUUUCAUUCUCAUCCACUACGACAUCAUUCCCUUCGAGAACACCUCUGGUUCACCACCUCCCAGCCCUGAAAGCAGACCUAAAAAAGGUAUCAGCAGCUCGUGGCAAUGUCCACGAUCUGAAAGUGGCAAUCCUUGUACGAUGGGAAGAUGACAAUACUGGCGCAGACAAAGACAUCACCACUAUGGGCAAAGUGAUGGAAACCUUCGGCAUCCAGUAUACCGAGUACAUUGUGAAAUCAUCAGAUACGAUACCAAGUUGGAAUCUUCAAGGCAAGAUCCGCGAAGUCAUGUAUGACUGUCAUCGUUCCAAACGGCAUUCCUUAUUCGUAUUCUACUACGUCGGGCAUGGAAUGAUAUCUGACGGGCGUCUGUCUUUUGUCUCCGGCAAGAGGUCUAUGCCAUGGUCCCGCAUUCGUGCAAACUUUUGGGACGAACCGGAUGCUAUGAAAUACGUCGAUGUACUCGGGGUACUUGAUUGUUGUUACUCUGGUGCUGCGACAAGAGCGCAGCAGACAAGAACGAUCCAAAUGCUGGCGGCCUGUGGUGCCAAUGAGGGAACAAAUCCUCGAGCUCAGACAGUGUCAUUUACUAUGCGACUAUUCCGUGCAGUUCAGCACUUCAAAGGCCAAUCAAGUGUGACCACAGCCGCCUUAUUUCAAGAAAUUCAAAGACAGAAACCGCCCCAUGCUCCAAAUGCUGUGAUGGAAACUAUUAGCGGUACUCAGCCGAUCAGACUUGUGUUCAAGAACUACACUAUCCCCUCGCGCAUUCCUCACCUUUCCUCGCAUGCAAAUGAGAAACAUGUACUUGUCAAACUGACUUUGCAUGGUCACAGCCACAUAUCAGGUCAUAGCGACGUCCUACAAGGCUUCCAAAAAGCGAUCCAAGAUCUACCGCCCAAUAUGAAAGUGGAGAUUUCGGACGCGUACGAGACUGAUGAAUCCAUUUUCCUUGUUAUGGGGAUGUCAUGGGAAGCUUGGGCGCUUUGGACCAUGGUGACCCAUUUGGACUUCAUAGGUGUCACUCUUGGCCCUUCCCUGAUGCCCAGGCGUCUUGAAGUUCCAGUUCGGGCCGUUGAAGAGAAUUUGCGUCCUCCGCCUGGAAAAGGAAAAGGAAAAGCCGAAUAA